ACCUGUGACCCACACAUCGCCGCACGACGUAAACAUUGUGAAGCCAUUUAUGCCGGUCAGUAUACAUAUUACGGUGUGUCGCCUAAAAAAUUUUCGCAAAAUUUCCGACCAAUCGAUAAAGAUUUAGAGAUGGCUACAACAGAGUGUAUGAUUGCCAUUCAAAUAUCACACUCAAAUUUAUUUUUUCAUAAUCUGGCCGCAAAACUUUCAUCUCAAUUAAACUUAAGACUGUUUUGUUGACUCAAAAGAGAAGUUAGUAAAAAAAAUAUAUAUAUAUUUUUUUUCAAAACACCCUAGUAUACCUCAUUAUGUAUGCUUAUUUUCUAUUUUGUGUCACUUGUACAGGCUUCAAGGUUUGCUGCCGGAAAAUAUUCUUUCACGAAUACUUGCGCGUUCGAUAGCGCGACGAACGUAAUACUUGUCGCUGCGUUUGAUAGACCACAAGUGAGGAAAGCCGUGGAGGAUCUUAAGGACAAUAAUCCGAUCUUUAACUUGAUAGUGGACAUAAUGACCAAGGGUCUACGCGCUUACUCUUACCAACUGAGGGCACAAAUACUACUCGAUUUCCACGAAUCUGUCAGAAGGGUAAAAAAUUGUCACUUGGUCGACUGCGAGUCGAACGUCUGUCCAGUGUUAGCUAAGGCAUUCAUAAACACACCAAGCCUUCGUGAGAUAUCGCUGUGCGCCAAAGGAUGUCAAUACGUAGAUAAAUCGCUACGAACGAUCAGCGUUAAUCGAGACCAUCUGAUGCGGCAUCAAGAUUUUGAUAACGUACUACAUAAAAUUUUGAGUAGUCGUGGUAGAGGCUAUUGUGUGAAGUGUCGAGCACCCACGGACCACGUUAUCACCGCUACGGGUCUUUUCAUGAUCAUGGAAACGGAUGAUGUUGGAGUUUUAAUGUUGGAUCAAAUCCCGAAGAGUUGCUGUGAUCCGUUAAGCAAUGGAAAGUCUCGUUACAGACUUAUCGGUAUCAUAGAUUUUACGCCUCCAAGGACAGCAACCCGAUCUGUGGUCGAUAAUAACCCAGGGCUAGGGCACUAUACGACAAUUUCGUUGAGGCCACCGAGCUCGUAUUUCAAAUUCGACGACACGAGAGCCAAUUCUGCGCCCGUAAUCAUCAAGCCAGACCUCACGCGCUUGUUUGGUUUAAAUUCGACGAGUGAACCUGUGAAAGAUAUAAAAAAAAAAAGAUUAAUUUUUAUAAGAUAAAAUAAUUAUGAGUUAUUAAGUUUGAAAUGUUUAAAAUAUGAAGUACUAUUCUAUACAGUAGAUUUUGUUGGAAAUAGAAAAAAAAACUAUUUUCUUACCGAUUCCUCCAGUUUUAUUCCUAUCGGACUUCAGGUAUCAAUUUUUUUUUUCUUGGGACGCUGGUCUUCUGCUACAGACCGGCGCUGCCGUACCUUUACAUCAGUGGCUAUGCUUUAUUUGCAACAUAAUUAUUACCGUGGAAAAUGACUAAACUCGCUACUAUGAGAUGAAUAAAUAG